AGAGGCGGCGGCGGCGGCGCGCGCGGCGCGGGAGCACGUGGGGGCGCCGCCACCGGCCCCGCUCCCGCCGCCGCCGCCGCCAUGGAGGAGCCGCCGCCCGAGCAGCCCCCGCCGCCCCCCGCACCCCCGGCGGGCGGGGAGGAGCCCGCGGCCGGUCCCGAGUGGAACAUCCCGCCCAACGCGCCCGCCUGCAUGGAGCGGCACCUGGAGGGCGCGCACUACCGCGCAGACGGGGCCUUACUGCUGGGCGCCUCGGGGCUGAGCGGGCGCUGCUGGGCCGGAUCCCUCUGGGUCUUCGCCGAUCCCCGCCGCGCCCCCAGCGAGGGCUUCUGCACCGCCGGCGUCCAGACCGAGGCGGGGGUCGCCGACCUGCGCUGGGUGGCUGACAGGGGCAUCCUGGUGGCCUCCGACUCCGGUGCCGUGGAGCUGUGGGAGCUGGAUGAGAACGAAACCCUCAUCGUCAACAAGUUCUGUAAAUACGAACACGAUGACAUCGUGAUGACGGUGGACGUCCUGGCCAGCAGCACCCAGGCUGUCAGCGGCAGCAGGGAUUUCUGCGUGAAGGUCUGGGACCUCCUGCAGCAAACGGUGCUGCACUCCUACAGAGCUCACUCCGGUUCAGUGACAUGCGUGGCUUCCUGUCCCGGCAAGGACACUGUGUUCCUGUCCUGUGGUGAGGACAGCAGAACUUUACUCUGGGACACCAGAUGCCCCAAACCAGCUACUCGAAUUGUUUGCAGUGCCUGUAAUCACCUCCCUACCUCAGUCAUGUGGCAUCCACAGAAAAGUGACAUCUUUGCUUUGGGUGAUGAAAAUGGAACAGUUGCACUAGUAGACACAAAGAAUCCCGAUUCUGCCCUCAGCUCCGCUGUGCACACCCGAAGUAUCAGGGGGUUUGCAUUUUCUGCACAUAGUUCACCCUUACUGGCUUCAAUCAGUGAAGACUGUUCGGUAGCUGUUCUUGACUCAGACCUCUCUGAGGUGUUCAGGAACCGUUCUCAUCGGGACUUUGUAACAGGCUUAUCGUGGUCUCCUUCAGACAACGCCUUGCUCACUACAGUUGGAUGGGAUCAUCAGGUUUUACAUCACACUGUCCCCAUACCAACUGGUGAAGCUUCUGGAGUCAACUGUGUAAAAGAAUAGUUUUAUAAACUCACGGUCCAAUUCCUUCCUGGCAUUACUUUGAUUCUGCUGAAUUCAAAGGUGUCUGUGAACUGGAGUGGGUAUGGUCUGUUGUCUGCCUUGAACGUGUGACUAAGGAGGUUCCCGUAGUAAUUUUGAAUUAGGCAUAAGUUAGUUACAAACCAGGCUUUAUCCUCUCCUCAGGAGUUGGCUUCACCUGUGAUAAGACUUCAGUGUUUUACUGAGAAAAAAAUUGACUUCAGGCACAGAGGAGACUUAGAGAGACAGGGAAUUAGGUAUAAUAAAAAAAAAAGAAAACGACUCAAUUCCUCCCUCGGUUCUCCAAACCAUCCGUGGAAUUAAUAGAAACAUUUUUGUGGGGAGUUAAAAACCAACACCUCUUGUUAGCUUGAUGUGAGAGCCUCACCCCUGAGCAAAGCUCUUCUGCUACGUAAAUCAAGUCUUGCAACGGAAUGGGAAGACUGGUUAGCAUUUGGAGACUGGAAGGGUUGCGCUGUUGUCCUCAGUGCAGCACGUGGUUUAGAGGCUUGGUCUUCACCCUCCGCUAGCGUGGAGCCUAUGGUGGGCACUGCUCAUGCACUUCUGCUCCCUUGAUGGGUAUCGGAAGGCCAGUGCUUGGUGUGAGGAGCCGUGUAUGCCCUGUGAUAAGGGUCCCAGCCGUAGCCCCUGUAAUUAAACACCUUCGUGGCAGUUCACGACCCAUGCUGAAAUACUGGGACCUGUGAUGCUCAGCGGCGGCCUGCAGCUGAGGCCGGCUCAAAGGGACUGAAAGCCAAGGGAAGUUAGCAGUUCCUGUGCUGUUCGACACCAUGUUUCAUCUCCUCUGUGCUGAAGACAACUUAUUCAAAGAUAAGACCUGUGAACAAAAGUCUAUGUAAGGGAAAAACUGGACUAAGGAUUUUGGUUUUCAUUUGCUUGCGCCUAUAAACAGACUGCUUAGUGAUAAGUGAGACUCCUUACGCUCUUGCGAUGAGUAACUUCUUGUGCCGGAGGCUGAGGGGACCAAGCAUUCCCAUAAUCCCCAAAACAGACUCCACAUAAUCCUUAGAGGUGUUUUUUGUAAUAUACCACAUACUUUUCAAACUAAACGGUUUCCCUGGAACAUAUUUAACCAAUAAAAAAAAAAAAUCAUUGCUCUGCAUGCAUUGCCACUGUUCUACGUGUGGCUUGGUCUGGCCUAAUAUUUCCUAGGCAGUAAAGCAAGUCCUGACUAAUGAAACAAAAACUACUAUUGAAAUGAACGCUAUUCCUGUUCCUUCAGCAUGAUAGCAACACUAAAACGUGCACCACUUCCAGUGGGCUUAUCCUGCAUAAACACAGGUUUUAGCUGAUGCCAGUUAGGCAGAGCCCACAAUUUUAGGCAGCCUAAGCUUUCCCAGGCUCUGUACUUUGCUCAUACUCCUUUUAAACCUCAUUUGCUGCGUUUUUAAUUCCCAUGUCAUACAGAUGUUUACAGAGAAUCUUCCUGAUCUAGAACAAUGUAUGACGAAGAGAAGGUAAAUGAUUAUAAAAACCGACAUGUUUCCUCAAAAGUACCCCUGGAACAACCAAAAAGUUGCCUGUUACAGACCUCUGCUGGUGUACUGAAACCUGAACAGGUCUUGUGCUGUUUGUGAAAAAGUUGUCUUGGAAAAAGUGGAAGAUGGUUUUUAAAUAAAUCAUAGUUUUCAUUUGUAACUGG